GAACAGGGUUGGAUUCUGUAUAAUUGUCACCCAUGCAAAUUGAAUUCCCUCCUCAAUUACACCAAAAACUGCAUCAAAUUUGUAUUCAUUAGUAAUAUUUCUUUAACGAUUUUGAUCAAUAUCAAUGCAUAUUUUAGUUUCCAUAAUGAGAAUUUUACAAAAAUGAAUGCCUUCAAUAUGUUGAAAUGCAUUGGGCUAUCUUGACCUUGUUUCUUUAUCUUGUAACUGGUGAUCAUCCCUCAUCAAGCCUGGCUAAAACGUAACUGAUUUUUAAAAAAGUAACAUCAUUAUUGGGGUAUAAUGGAAAAUGAGAUCUGUCCUUUUUUCUAGUUAUCAUGCGGAAUUAAUUGUAGAAUGUAGAUGUCAUAAUUCCAUCACUCUGUAUAUCGUGGCUCAUAAGCAACAGACAAAUUGUUCUGUGAAUACUACACAAUCAGUAUUUAACAAGAUCUUUAUGUGUGAAACUGACAUUCCAUCCGAAACUUAAAGACUGAUGUGCAAUCAAAGUGUGACUAUGUGGGUAACGAACUAGAACUAUUUUUUACCUUCCAAGUGCCUUAAAAUAAACGAAUUUAAUCAAAAGAACCCCCAAGUGCCAGUUUUUCCAUCAUCAAAAAUGAAAAGUAUCAAAGCAAUCUUUCGUAGAGGUCAGAAUGUUAGGCUGGAUGGUCAGAAUCUGGACAACCUCUCGAGGACAUCCUCUGUAACGAAUUUGGAGGAGCAGCAGCUGCAGCAACAGCAGACUCAGCAACAGCUACAGCAACAACAGCUUCAUUAUCAUCCAAAAGGGACCAAGCCUAGGAAGACUUUGUCUAAGGAGAGAAUUGAUAAAACCAAUGAGCCGACUAGGAGGAAUGAAAAGAAAAAUUCAGCAAGGAACAACAAUAAAAUCGAGUCAGGGGAGAGUCCCUAUCUCUCCAUAGACUCGUUGCAAGAAGAAGAGUUCAUCCAGUUGAGGAAACAGUUACAAGAUAUGGCUCAAGAAAAAACAAACUUGGCCCUACAGUUAGGGGAACAAAAGGGACAGUUGAAUAUCUUACAGAAAGAAAUUCAAAAACUAAAGUCAUUCCAAGAGGAAUCAAAUGUACAGUUAGAGCAUCUGACAGCUGAAAAUACUCUGCUAAGAAACAGGUUACGUGAUGUUGCCCAUUCUCCAUUGUCGGAUACAGAGAAACAGCAACUGCUGGAUUCCCACCGACAUCACAGCUCAGCUCCUGCAUCCAUUGCAACAAACCUGCUUGAAGAUGACACUGGAGUUGAUGCCACUCCAUGCACAACACCUGAUUGGGAUAAAUACUCAUCGGGGAAUGUCAGUGAAGUUUCAGUGGCUUGCCUGCAGGAUAAGAUUCAUCAAAUGCAAGAAACCCACUACAGCACUAACGAGGAGCUACAAGCCACACUUCAAGAGUUAACCGACCUACAAAGGCAGCUGAUCGAACUGCAGCAAGAAAACGAAAGACUGAACGAUGAAAAAACGCUUAUGUUCGACAGCCUUUGCAGACAAACCGAACGGCUGAACGAUUCACGUUCUGAAGUAGAAUCUUUGAAGCAACUUAUAUACCAAGAAAAAGGUGAGACUGACCAAUACGGCUCAAUCGCAGAACGAGAACAAAAACUGGUUGAUCUACUGAAGGCAGCUCAGGAGGAAAGGGAAAACCUGAUGGUGAAACUAGAACAAAUGACGAGUGAAUUACAAGAGACUAAAGCUGCUCUUUUGGACAAAGAUAAUGUCAUACAGCAAAUGAACGAGAGGAUAAAAACAUUAGAGUACACUUUAGAUGCGAGGUAUGCAGAACAUAAGCAAUUAGACCAGGAACUGAUGCAGGCUAGAGACCAAUGUAAUGGGAAACAAAUCGAGAUCAAUAGGCUGAAUGAUUUGUUGGAUAAUGCUAAAACCAAGAUCAAUGAACUAGAACAAGAUAGGACGAUGAGCGACAAAUCAGAACUGGAUGAACUGCUUGAUAAUGCCAGAAAAGAAAAACAUUUGCUUGAAUCAGAAGUGGCUCAUUUGAGAGAACAAUUGGCUAUUGGUAAAAAUGAAAUUGAAAAACUCAAAGAGCAAGUAUCGAUAUUACAAGAGGAAGUUAUGGUGACGAGAAAUAACGCGAAGAGUACACAGUCUGAUCUCGAAUACAAAUGUGAGAAGCUAAUGAAGGAAAAGUCUGCCCUUGGUGAUCAAUUACAGGAAUUUCAGGAAGCUUUAAAUGAACUCCAAGUUCAAAAUCAGUGUCAGCUUGAGGAUAAACGACAACUAUCAGCUGUGUUAUCAGAGACUCAAAGGAAUCUAAAUGAGACUGAAAGGAAAAGUUUGAAUUUGGAACGUGAGUUAGAAGACCUGAAAAGACUUAGAGCAGAAGAAAAUGAGGAGUGGGAAAAAUUCCAAAGCGACCUAUUGACUUCUGUAAGGGUGGCAAACGAUUUUAAGACUGAAGCCCAACAGGAGCUACAAAGAAUGAUCAUGGAAAAUAAGACUUACAGAGAACGUGAACGUCAGCUUAGGGCAGAAAUUGAGAAACUUAAAGUUGAAUCGGUACCUCUACGACCGACCAGCUUCCCUAGUGAAGAUGUCACUCUCAGGAGAAAAAACAACAUUGUGUUGUCACGACAAAAUAGUCGACAGUCGGUCAAGUCCCUCAUUGAAAGCAUUGAAAGUCAGGCGAAACCAGUUACAAAAACAGGUUUGGGUACAGUUGUUUCAAGGAGCAGUUCAAAUUCGUCCCUCAAUUCAUUAACGUCAGAUGUAAGGAGUCCUAGCGGCAUGCUAGUGUUACCAACACCUACUGAAUCGCCUUUAAAGUCACCUCCAGAUUGGAAUGAUGUCAAUACUAUUGGCCAAACUAAAUCUUUGAAAGAACAGCAAACGAAUAAGCUGAACCGCGACUGGAGUUCAGUAGAUAAGCAUGAGGUGAAAAUAAAGACAGACGACAACUACAGAGAAGCACUGCUACAAAAAGGAAUGGAUUUCUCGAGACGAAAUAGUUAUUCAGACUUGAGUGAAAGAAAAGACCCACUAAACGGCUUAGUAAAAAAUGGCGGUUCUAAGAGAAACGCGUUGUUGAAAUGGUGCCAGAGCAAAACAGUAGGAUACAGGAACAUCGAUAUAACGAACUUCAGUAGUUCCUGGAACGAUGGCCUGGCUCUGUGCGCCCUUAUGCACACGUAUCUACCGGAAAAGAUUCCAUACGAUAGUCUAACGCCUCAGGAAAAAAGAAAAAACUUCUCCUUAGCUUUCUCUGCUGCAGAAAGUGUUGGAAUUCCUACCACACUGAAUAUAAACGACAUGGUACAACAAGAAAGACCCGACUGGCAACAAGUAAUGGGAUAUGUUACUGCUAUAUACAAACACUUUGAAACAUGAAAGAUUUGUUAGCGUUUUCUAUUCCCAGAUCUUUAUAUAUGAAAGUUUAUAUAAGUUGUGGUUAUUGUUAAUUUGUCUAAUAUCGUAUAAAGUUUAUUCCGAGUUAAUUUCCCUCUAUAAAGCAUUUUCCAAGUGUUACUUAACGAACGUAAUUCCUUGUGCAUUUAUUCCAUUUUGGGCAUGCUGAACACAGCACUGAAAUGUUCGCCCAUGGUUAAUUUAAUACCUGAAACUUAUCCUGUGGUUUUCAUUUUGAGAAAACACCAUGACCUAGCUAAAUGAAAUAAUAUGUAUUAAACACUUUUACUGACGCUACGCUGACCUUUUUUAAUAUAUAAAUAGUGUAUUGUCAAUAUUUAUAUUUUGAUAAAAGAUACUGUCGUGGUCAAAAGGUUAGCAAAAGGUGUUUAAUACGAGGGUUAAUCAAAUAUGAGCAUAACCAAGUGGUGACCUCCCAGGUCUUCUUUAACUGGCCCAAACACGUAUUAGUCACAUGGCGACAUAUCGAGACUGUAAGGCGGGUCUUUUUCGCCGAUAGGCAAGUUUCAUUUCUUUAAGCAGUUGUCAGUAGUAAGCAGCAUUAAGUGUGCGACGAUCCAGAAGAAAUUCAACUAGCAGUACACCUCUGGAAUCCCGAAAUACCGUUGCAAGAACUUUUCCUGCGGAAAGGCUGGUCUUGGAUCUUCGCGGCGCUGCCUCUCUAGGCUUUCACCACUCCAUGGAAAAAUGUUUUGACAGUCGUAUACGCGUGUCCUUGAAACUGUCUCUACGCCGAACUAUGUUGUUCAUCGACGCCAAAUUUCGGAAGGUUUUAUGCCCUCCCGCGACAAAACUUUAUGAUAAUUCGUGGCGCAGCAAGCAUGAGCAACUCUUGCUCAGACAUGAUGCUACUAUCAGGGCGCGCCAAACCGACUGCUUCCCUCUUCCUGACAUCCCCACCCAACAUAUACAAAGACGUCGCCCCACUCCAUGCACCGAUGGCGCGUUAAACAGAACAGUCCGGUUCAUAUUUGAUCCAUCCUCGUACAUACAUUUGGCUAGAAGACCAUGGAGUCAUAUGUACCUAUACGUUUUUAAUCUAAAAUUUUCAAAAAAUCGAAAAACGGGGGUCCCAAAAUAAGUAUAUAUGACAUGGCGGAAAAGUGGAAGUGUGUUUUUUUCAAAAUUCGAUGUAUUUUAAUCGACAAUUGCGAGAUGAAACAAAAUGUGUCAGAUAGCAUUUUUGAUCUUCCCUAACGCAAAUAAAAGAUACCGGUUUUGAAUCCUGCCAUGAAGAAAUGACAUUUUUUCGAAUUCCAAAAAUGAUGUUUAUACUCUUUAUGGUUCCAUUUUACGUUAUGGAUGCAUCUACUUCAUCAAGUGUAUAAAAUGUUCCGUUUGUUCAGUCUGUCCUGAAUCCAAAUACACGGUAAUGUUUUGUUUUCAGAGUAUUCAAAAUGAAAAUUCCGAUUAGGUAUCAACAAAGACUGAAAUUACUUCCAGUUAUAUCAAUGUCCGACUAACAAACUGUAAUUUUGUAUUAUUUUUAUAUCCUGAUUUUUUUGGUGAAAAUUUUUGAUACUUAUUCAUAGCACAUUCUAAAAAAUAGUUUACAAUAGUUGAUACAUACGUUCUUUCUAUUUUACUGGUAAAACUUAUUCAAUAUCGUCUUCAAGAUACGAUAAUAAAUAUUACUGUUCUGUUAGUUUGACCUUAGUAUAUAAAUUUGAGGCUUGACAUGAGAAAUCUGUGAUAAUUUUUACAGUCUGUUUUGAUCAAAGUGGGGUAGAAAAUUUUGCGUAUCCUACAUAGUAAAAAGUGUUAUCUAGUAACCUGUUCAUUGAAGCGGAAACACAUAAAGUAACCAAUCUUGGAAUCCUAAAUGCCUCCAGAUUAUCAUUUUGGAGAAAAAUGUGGUAUUUUUAGCACAUUGUUUCUUCACUAUGGAAAUAAAAGCAUUUCCAAUGUUACGUGUAUCUUCAAUGCAAACAGCUGACUUACCACUUAUAGAAAAAGUGAAUUUCUCUGUUAUUAGGUGUUAAAAUGUGAGCUUAGGAAAAAUUGUAAAAAUCAAACCUUACGUGUUUCUUAUAUUUAAUUUUCAAUAUAAACUAAAAUAAACAUAAACUAAUCCUUUAUAAUUUUUUUGCAGAAAUUACAUGAAUCGAUCGGUUGUUCAUUAAUAUUAUCGAUUGUCAUUCAAACGGAAAACGUUUCUUUAUAAACUCGAAUGUGCCGGAGGCGAUACAAUUUUUCCUAAGCUCCUGUUUAUCAAAUAACAACUUUUGGAGCACAGACUGUAAUACAUACUUUUAUGUCUUAAGGCAGAUUAAUGAUUAGGCUAUACUUUUGGAGGCUUAGAUGUAGACUAUGGUAUUUUUUGAAUAACGUUAUAUUGCAAAAAGUACAUUUUUGCAUAAAAUGAUAGCUGCAUUGGUACAUCAAGUAUAUAUAUAUAUAUAUAUAUAUAUAUAUUACAUUUAAUAUAUUUAUAUGAUAGCAAAUUUAAUUACAUUGAAUAAUCGUUCCAUAUUUGCAGUAAAAAAGUUCAGAGUUGAGAAUCGAAACUUCAAAACUCUUAUAUUUUGGGUUUCUCGGUUAUAACCUUCGACUUGUUCUAAUUGUUUUUCUAAUAAAUUGAACACUCAAAACUGCAAGAAUGCAAUAUUUUAUUUUGUUCCUAUUUUACGUUCUUUAAAAAUUAAAAAUAUCAUUCUCAAAGUCCCCUCUGAACUGUUUCUAUAACCAAGACAAUAUAAAGUCCAGACUAUUACAAACUACUAUAUACACAUGUAUACACAAUAAUCAAAUGUUUGCCUAUAAUGUAAGCAUAGAAUUAUAAUCGGCUCAAAUUAGUAAUAUUCUGCCUUAUUUGAACCAAUAAAUGCGUAUUUUGACAUGUGAGUGUGGUGUCAUUUUUUGUACGAACUUGAGAAUGUAUAUAAUAUUUUGGGUAUGAUAGGUGUGGAUGAAUUUUUAUCUAUAAAGUGUAGAAUCAAAUGUGUGAAUUGCAAUGCUUUCUUAGAGGCUGUAAAAUUACUUACUCCUGUACUGUUGUUGAUUCGUGAGAGGGGCGUAAGAACAAAUAAAAACAUAUGUUUUGUCAUCAGAAUGUCGCAUACACAGGGUACUGUAAAAGUUUUGCUAUACUGCUUUAUUUAUUGACUUCGUUCAAAGUAAUUUCCACCACAUGCAAUACAUUUCUCAGUCCGCCAAAACCAGUCCUUAAACCAGCUCUGCCAGGUUUCACGGGAGUGCGGCACACUCGUCGCUAGAAAACCGUUUUCCCUUUAGCUUCAUUUUCACAUGCAGAAACAGUGCGCAAAGUCGCAGGAAGCAAGAUCUGAACUCUUAAGGAGGGUGCUCAAUAAGUUCCAGUCCAGUAGUCUUCAAAUACUCGGUGCAGGCUUUGGAGUGGUGAGCUGGAGCGUUGUCAUGGUGGAGGUACCAAAUGUCCAUUUUUCACUUUGGCCGCAGGUUUUUCAUUUCCAAGACGACACUCUCCACAAUCUCGCUUAAUCGCUUAAAGUUAUACCGUUAAACUGCCCUAUCUCACUACGUGCCCACGAUACCACAGUCUGCACUUUACACUGUCAAUACGAAUGAACAACUAAAUCAACAGACGUGCUUCAGGCUGAUACUAUGCAUUCAUUGAGAUGUCUCAACAUGCAGCCUAAUGCGUCCGUUUGCUAAAUCAAAUUCCAAAACUUUUAUAGUACCUUUUGUAUUACAGUAGAGGAGUUUCACGUAUUCAUCCGUUUUCCGUGGCAAUAACCAUAAAUACGAAUGUAGAUUGGGAGACGAUAGGUAUUGUAAAAUAUAUUUUAUUAGAACGUAUUCACCCAGUUUCAAAUGAUACAGUCAGUAUUUUAUACAGCGAAUAUUUCUAUAACCAUAUUUUCUAUAAACUUUACUCAUUUUAUAUACUAAUAUUAAUAGGUCUAGUCUUUGGUGUCCAGCUUCUUAUAAUACAUGAAGAACACCGAUUAUCCUAAAUUCAAUUGUGUUAGCAGCAGCAGUAAACUAUGCUAGACAUGCUAGACACCCUCGGUAACGAUCCUGAUUGUGAAGGCACCAUUUUAUUUCAGCCACUUUUUCUCGCAACAUGGAAAUAUGUUUCAUGUUGGAAAACUAUUUCAUUCGAUUUAUAAUAACAUUAUCUGAGAACCUUAUAGUAUUCAAAGCUUCUCUCCGUUUUUAAGGGGAGGCUGCAUAGAUACGACUGACAGCGCUGAUUGGUCAAAUAAGCAGUUUGAAGUUAGAAAAAAAAUGAAUUUCAAGCAUACGUUUAUCUUUUGUUACUAAACUAAAUCUCGUAAGAUGUGAAAGGGUGAAAAGAGCGUGUUUGUUUUCCAUCUCCUGUAACCAACCGCAGACAGCGCUGUUUCGUGCUCAUUAGCAACUCAUCUGUGCGGUAUAGGACUCAUCGCAUAGACACGAAACAAAAGCAGACAAAUGGUUGUGGUCGUUUUGUGCGAGAAGAUGGAAUUCUGACUAUCGCCACCCAUCAAUGGGAUCUCAUCCCGUAGCUAUUUAACUUUUACUGCCAAACACGGAAUAUCACACGAUUUAGUUAUAUAUAGAAAAAGUAAUUCAAUUCAGUUUUUUUAACCUCGAAUUACUCAUUUGACCAAACAGCGUCAUUAGCUUCCCCUUAACAUCUAAAGGUUCCUGCAGUUUCAUAAUCUGAACUUUUAUGUAUGCAUGUAAUAUGGUUGUGAUCAGUGUUUUCUUCGUAAAUGGAAAUUAUUUUUCCAUGUUAUUGAAAAGCUGUAUUUAAAUACGUUCGAAAUAAACAGAUGUAAUCAUA